UAAACCUGUUAACAAAAACAGAGAUCCUCCUCAUCUUUUUUCACUUCUAUGUUUUUGUUCCCAAUGGUAACCCUUUCGCUUCUGCAUAAUCUAAACCUCGUCGUUCACUUCAACCCUUCCACACACCAAAACCCUAUUUUCUCACACCAAAACCCUAUUUCUUCAAUCUCUCUCAAACCUUCACCUCUUCGCUGUUCAAAUUCCGCCAAUGUUCCCGCUCAAUCUCCCUCACCUCCGAUUCGCAUCCGACGCUGCACAAAAAUCGAAGCGCAACGUGCUCUAUUCGAUUACCUUUACUACACUCAAUGUUACACUUUCAUUGACGCAGAUUUCAUUGCCAAAAACUCUCCAUGUUUCAUCGAUGAACUUAUCCUCAGAGUCAGAGUCAACAACAGAGACGAUGAUUUUGAUCGGGCUCUCAGAAGGUACCUUAUGUAUCACCCUAUUAAUGAAUUUGAACCCUUUUUAGAGAGUAUAGGGAUUAAACAAAGUGAAUUGAAGUUACUUCUGCCUAAAGAUUUGUUUUUUCUUCGUGAUGAUAGUGUUUUGCUUGAUAAUUUUCAUGUCUUGUUCAAUCACGGGGUUCCGAGGAAUAGAAUGGGGAAAAUUUAUAGAGAAGCAAGAGAGGUUUUUGGGUAUGGGAGUGGUGUUUUGUCGAAGAAAUUUGAAAGUUAUGAAAGUUUGGGUUUGAGUAAAUCAUCUCUUGUCAAGCUGUUUGUUUGUUGUCCAUUGCUUUUAGUUGGCGACGAGGUUGAUUCUCAAUUUGUUGUUGUUCUUGAUUGGUUGAAGAGAAUUGGGAUUGAGACUGAAUGGUUUGUGAGUUGUAUGUGUUCUAAAAGAACAUAUAGAUGGAAAAUGAUUAUUGAUAGUAUUGAGCUUUUUCAUCAAGGGGGAUAUUCUGAGAAACAAAUGUAUGAUUUGUUUAAGGCGGAUCCGAAAUUGUUGUCAGAGGGUUUAGAAAAGAAGGCAUUUUUGGUUAUAGGUCGGUUGAUUAAGUUGGGUCUUGACGUGAAUGAGAUUUGUUCUUGUUUUAGAGAGCAUCCUGAAAUGUUGUCAAGUCCGCGUAUGAAAAAUUUGAUGUUUGUGAUUACUUUUAUGUAUAAUAUUCGAAUGGAACAAGAUGUUAUUGCUCAUGUUUUGCAUAACCACAUGCAUCUCCUUGGCAGACAUUCAAUAAAAGGUUAUAAAACGAUGUGUAAAGAGUUGGGAGUUGGAAAAGCUAGUUUAUGUCAAAUGAUACAGGAUGAUCCGUUAAAGUUUUUUGGUUUGGCUUUAAAACCGACGCAAAAGAAGGAUAUAAAUGAACUCAGCUAUGACCCGCGUUGGUAUUUGGAGAAAACAAACUUCUUGCGGAAACUUGGGUAUACUGAUAACUCUGAGGAGAUGGAAAUAGCUCUGAAGAAGUUUCGAGGAAGAGGUGAUAAGUUACUAGAAAGAUUUGAUUUCUUGAUUGAAGCUGGUUUGGAAUAUAACACUGUAGUUGGAAUGGUAAAGCAAGUUCCUGCAAUUCUAGCCAUUAAAAAAACUUCAAUGCAAAAGAAGAUUGAUUUCUUAACAAACACUUUAGAUUACCCAAUAGAACGUCUCGUGAGAAAUCCAAAAUAUGUGUUAUAUGAUUUGGAUAAAAUUUUCCCAAGAUUUGCAAUGUAUGAGUGGUUGAAGAAGAGGAAUGCAAUACAUCGUGAGUUAUUCUUGAGUACCAUAGUUUCAAUUUCUGAGAAACAGUUUCUAAAACUCUUUGUGAAUGCGCAUCCUGAAGGUCCAAUAGUUUGGCAAACUAUAAAUAGUUUAUCUAACAAAUAUAAGAAUUAACCGCUCCUUAUAAGUUUAGUUGAGAUGUAAAUUUAAAUACAAGCUUGGCUAAACAAUGCACUUACUUUGGUGGUUUCAUUUUGGUUUUGUUGAAGGAUUAUUUUCUCAUCUGCUUAAUGAGAAUCAAUCAAGCACUUCUUAGUUUUCUGACUUAAAAGAAAUAAUCAUAGUCGUCUAUGUUGUCAAUAGUGCAUUAUAGCAGAAUAAUGUGGCGGUAGUAGGCUUAAGCGCGAAGCUAUUGGAUUGUGAGCUGCUGUCACUAAUAGCGUUUGUUGCGGCCCAAACUGCCGUCGCGUUGUUAUUAUGGGUUUGGGGCAAAAAAAUUCAGAACCCUUGUAUUUUUUUAAGUAGUAAAUGUCAAUUUGUACCCGAUUUAAGGGUAAAAUUAUGUUCUUCAUUCUAUUAUAUUGAUACUCACAAACAAUUGUUUUGUUAUUCUUCUCAUUUUUAAUUCAAUUCUGUUAUGUCUUUUUUCUCUCUA